AUGACCGAUAUAUGGUUGGGGGACAACAUAGAAAUAGGGCUCUCCCUGAAUUCCAAAAACUCAAACACCACUGACUGUAACCGUACUCUAUUAUUAACUGAACAAGGUUUCGCGUAUGAGAAAAUCAAAAACAACCCUAAAAGGCAGAAAAGGUCCUUCUCACAAGAAAUUGACUGGGAUCACGAAAGUCUUAUUACUGGUAGCCAAUUAGGGGGACAACUCACAUACCUAGACCAUGAAGUAAAAGAAUCCCUCAUCUUUCAGUUCACACACUCCCUCCGCCAACUCUGUGAGUUUGCAGAAGAGACCAGAAAGUGGACUACUACUGCUCUCCUUUCCAACCCAACCACCCUAGCACGAGCCAUUCUAAACAAUACUAAUCUAAUCGCUCGACACAUCUCUGGCACCACGCUAAAAAUAUGGCCAUGCGUCCAACUUACCCCGACCCAAUACAAGAUAUCACCAACAUACCUUGAAACAUGUUUUGAUCUCUUACCCAUAACAAUAAAAACACACGGAAAGGACGAACUCGCCUUUCUAGACCCAGCUAAUCUACUUAUCUCACCCAAAGCCCGAAAAGCCCCUUGCUCCCAAUAUAGGAAGAUUCCAAUUCAAAUAAAUGGAACACUAAUGGAAAUAGACCAAAUAACUGGCGAAACAACAACCUUAUACACCCAAACCCUCACUAGCAAAUCAUUUCACGAAAUAGACAUUCCGAAACUCUUACCGCAUGCCUUUCACCACCUUGUUCUUGUUAACCUCACUGAUAUCAUAACUCAUUCUUACUUUUCCAGUCUAACUGAAGUCAGUCAGAUAACGUAUAGAAUCGAACAACAGAACUCAGCUGUUAAACCAACCAUGUCAACUGACUGGGAAGAAGUUAGGAAGGAAAUAGUAAACGAAGCAAUAGGUGACUGGUCCGGGAUCCAAAACUGGUUCUGUCUAAUUAUAUGCAUAAUUGCGGCCAUUGACAUAACCAUAAGAAUUUCCGCCAUAUUAAUUGAAAACUAUCUGAAAAAUUUCACAAUAAUCCGCGCUCUAACAACCAAAACAGCUAUUAAACAAAAAACUGCAAAAAUUUUAGAAACUAAAUCACAACCUGAAGCUACAAAAAGGCAUCAGAUCCCCACUUGA